AUGAAAGUGUUUUUGUUGACCUUGGCCGUGUUCGGUAUUGCCUAUGGGUAUCCGGCUCCGAGUAGUGAUGAGUCGAGCGAGUCAACGGAAACGUCGAGAUUGGACAACGUCUUGGACAAAUUGUAAGCUUUUUUCUCAAACGAAGUCGAGACUUGGGGUGCUUACCUUUAAUGCGGAGAAAAUUUUAUGCCGCGAUUUUUGGCAAGAUACUCCAGAGCCUUAGAAGAGAAAUUUAGAAAGAUGGGAUCGCAAAAUGAGGGUCUCCAAUUUCAAAGCGGAAUAUAACAGUAGCUUCUGCUGAAUUCAUAUACAGAAUUUUUUGUACGGCCAGGGCUAACUAAGGGCGGGGUGGUGGAACGGAUCGGUUACCUUGUCAUCGCAGUGACUUCCGCGGUACGCCUGUAUGUGAAAUUUGACCCUGGACUUGCGCCAAGUUUCGGAUAUAUAAGGGCUGUACCUCGACUAUCUCUCCUGUAAAUAUUAUUACUCCUUUUUAGAUACCCCAAUCAUCGCGAUGGAGUCAAGAAACUCUUCCGUUGCAUGAUUGCCGCUGAGAACAGAACAGAAUCGGACGACGACAUUGCCGAUGAGUUGCUUUCCUCUGUAAAACAUCACGGGCUUAUCGAAUUUUACAAGGAAAUGGAGCCCCACAAUAGGCACUGUUUCCGCGAAACCGGCGACAAAUUGAUUACAGCUUUGGCCAAUGUUGACGAAGCAUAUCAAAAGGACAAAAAAGAAAUCAAAGCAGAGAUCCUUGCGCACUACAGCUUUCUGGAGAACAUCCCUCCUAAAGAAUAUCUCAAUCUUUUGAACGAAUUGCAGUAAGGCAUUUUAAGACAACAUUUUUGACGCGUAUAGUUGAAAACCACCCAAAAUUUUGCGGAUUUCAGGCCCAAAGAUGAUCCACACCCUUGGUAUUUGAGAUGCUCGAAGUCAGAUCCAAAUAAGCCGAUCAACAAGUACCACAAGAUCUUCAUCGCCUUGAUUAUUCUCUCUGAGGAAUUCGCACCCGAAUCGUAAGUAAAUACUAUUAGUACCGGGCUGCCGUGAAAAUUGUUAGCGCUCUGUCGCUCCGCCAAUUGCGUCGCUGAAGUGAAAAUUAUUUUCUCGGCGGCGAUGCGAUCUCCGAUGCGUACUAUUUUCCCGACAGACUGAUACUAGUAAAUUUCAAUAUGAAUAUCUGAUUUCUUAUCAAAAUCAAAAAAAGAUUCUAGUGGUCUCCCAGUCGAAGACCCCACUCAUUAUUUGAACCCCAAACUAUUCACAACUGGAAACGUCCCCGCCCAGGAAUUGAUUGUCAAUUGCAUUCCCGAAUCGGAGAUAUCUGAAACUACACCGACAACAGAGACGCCAUUUCCAGAGACGGCAACCGAAAGCACUUUUGAUGAAGUCUUGGAACCUGUGUAAGUUAUCUCAAAAGUUCUUUCAUAGUGACCUACAUAUUACAUUUAUAUAUGUAAAUAUUUACAUAUUUUUUUGUGAUAAAUUCCGAUCAACCUGCUCUUUUUUUAGAGGAGAAGCCCACCGUGCGGCUAUCAGAGAAUGGAUCCAGUGCGUUGGAAGACAAGGCAAGAGAACCGUCGAGGAGAUUGUCGCUUCCAUUUUGGCGUACCACCCAUCCAAUUGGACUGUUCGUCCGUUUACCGAGGAACUCCUCCCUUUUCACGCGGAAUGCGCUUUCCAAUCCGAGGACGAAUUCAUUGUGGCUCUAGGAAAGUUGGUCAGAAUUCGAAACAAGAACUAUAAAACAGUUGAUAAGAUACUUGGUAUUUUGCAUCUCAAGAAUUUCGACCAGUUUGCAACCGGCUUGGCAAAAUAUUCGUAAGACAUUUUAAGCAAAAAUCAGACCGUUUAGGCGCAUUCUCCAAAGGGAUUCCGUUUCUUGCCACUGGGAGGAGAAAUGGGGCAAAGAGGUCGCCGGUCUCUUCAAGCUGACUCUUGCCUACGGUCUUGUGGGCGAGCAGCUCAUUCCGGGCAGGUAGGCGUGACAAGAAAGGUUAAAAUUCUUGCAGCGGCCUCCAAUGGGAGAAUUACCGUGACUACCUGAACCCUGAAUUGUUUGAUAAAAACAACUUUGACAUCAAGAUCAAUGACGUUUUCAAGUGCCUAGAUGGGCCAGAAACCACAACUUCGGCGUCUGAAUUUCUGUUUUAA